AUGCUGCUCGUAUUCACGUUGCUAGUAACUUCUAAACAGUUUUUUGGCGAGCCCAUUCACUGUAUGAGCGACACCGACAAGGAUAGCGAUAAGGACGCCGUGAAUAGUUACUGCUGGAUUUAUGGGACUUACACGCUCAAGAGCAGGUUUGUUGGUAUUGAAGGCAAGCAUAUGGCGUAUCCAGGAGUGGGACCAAGCAGUGGAAUAAAUGAUGAGCAGAUUAAGCACACCUAUUACCAGUGGGUGUGCUUUGUUCUGCUGGGUCAAUCAGUCAUGUUUUAUACACCAAGGUAUUUAUGGAAGAUCUGGGAGGGAGGCCGCUUGAAGGCAUUGGCUGCUGAUCUGAGUAGUCCUAUAGUGUCCAAGGAUUGGUCAGAGUUCCGACGUGGUGAGCUUGUGUCAUAUCUGAGCUACACCAAUAUACAUACCCACAAUAUGUAUGCCUUGAGAUAUGCGUUCUGUGAGUUCCUCAACCUUGUCAACGUGGUUGGGCAAAUAUUUCUUCUCGACGUAUUUCUCGGUGGAGCAUUUCGGAAGUAUGGCGCAGCUGUAGCAGCGUUCACGCAUAUCCCCCGCGUACCAUCUGAUAUGAUAGACUUCGCAAGCGUCAACCCAAUGGACCAGUUCUUUCCUAAACUUACGAAAUGCUGGUUAAGAAGCUAUGGGCCUUCAGGCUCUUUGCAGAUUAAGGACCGCCUCUGCGUUCUUCCCCUGAACAUAGUCAACGAAAAGAUCUUCGUAAUACUAUGGUUUUGGCUGAUUAUCUUAACAUUUGUGUCCACACUAGCAAUGCUGUUUCGUAUUCUAGUGCUAUCUCUACGUCCACUGCGCGCACUAAUGAUAGCUGGACAGCUAAGAUAUGUGAAAAGGGGUAUAAUACAUCGUAUUGUAAAGCGUUUUGGAUACGGCGACUGGUUUAUUCUAUAUUUACUGGGCAAAAAUAUGAAUCCACUAAUGUACAAAGAUCUCAUAAUUGAAUUGUCUAAAGAAUUAGAUCAGAAAACAGUCAUGGUUUGA